GCACACGCCCUGUGAAACUUUCUACAACAAAGGGUCGCGUGGAAAAGUUUGGCUGCUGUGCGCAAUGCUCGGGUAGCAGAGUCUGAGGAAUAAGAGAGUAACAGAGAGUAACAGAGAGUAACAGAGAGUAAUAGAGAGUAACAGAGAGUAAUAGAGUGUAACAGAGAGUAACAGAGAGUAACAGAGAGUAAUAGAGAGUAACAGAGAGUAACAGAGAGUAAAGCUGAAGGAAAAAAACCUGUGCUGAGAAAUUCCACGUUCAGAUCACCUUUAUUCACACCACAAUGAUGUCAUUCCUGUGGAUUCUGGUGUUUGGGAGCCUCAUUGCGCUGCAAGCAGGGAAAGUGGAAGCAGCAGAGGAUGAUGUAGCAGAUGCAGAAGACCCGCCCCCAGUUGAGGAAGGGGGCUCUGCCCCAGUUGAGGAAGAGGAAGCUGCCCCACCUGAGGAAGCUGCCCCACCUGAGGUAGCUGCCCCGCCACCUGAAGAAGAGGAAGUUGCUUCUCCAGCUGAGGAAGAGGAAGCUGCCGCUCCAGCUGAGGAAGAGGAAGCUGCUUCUCCAGCUGAGGAAGAGGAAGCUGCCGCUCCAGCUGAGGAAGAGGAAGCUGCUUCUCCAGCUGAGGAAGAGGAAGCUGCCGCUCCAGCUGAGGAAGAGGAAGCUGCUUCUCCAGCUGAGGAAGAGGAAGCUGCCGCUGCAGCUGAGGAAGAGGAAGCUGCUUCUCCAGCUGAGGAAGAGGAAGCUGCUUCUCCAGCUGAGGAAGAGGAAGCUGCUGCUCCAGCUGAGGAAGAGGAAGCUGCCUCUCCAGUUGAGGAAGAGGAAGCUGCCGCUCCAGCUAAGGAAGAGGAAGCUGCCGCUCCAGCUGAGGAAGAGGAAGCUGCCGCUCCAGCUGAGGAUGAAGAUACAGCUGCACCUGCAGAAGUGGCUCCAGAGCCAGCAGCUGAAGCUGAAGCAGAGCCAGCAGUAGGAGAGUCAGAUUCUGCUGUAGAUCCCACUGUUGCACCAGAGCCAGAGGAAGUACCUGAUCCUAUAGCUGCAGAAGAAGAACCUUCAGAGCCAGAAGUUCAGGAUGUGGAACAAGAAAUAGCUCAGGAAGCAGCUUCACCUGUAAACGCUGCAGCACCUGAAGAAGAGACACAGGCUGAACAAGACCAGGAGGAACAUCCAGCGAGAAGUGCAGGAGCGAAGGCCGGGCUGAGCGAUUCUGAGGAACCUAAAGGGUCCGGGUCGGGGACUGUAGCCGGGGUGGUGGGAGCCAUCGGAGUCGCUAUAGUCGGCGCUGUUUCUGGUUACUUUGCCCACCAGAAGAAGAAGCUGUGCUUCAAGCCUAAAGAGCGUGAUCCAGAGAGAGCUAAAGAGGAGGAGGGGGCGCAGAAUGACCCUCAGGUUCUCAGUAACCUACUGAACUCCUCGUAAUCUUCAGCGACUCAAACCCAGGAGAGAAACGCCUUCAUGAGACGAACAGCUGAGCUAACCGAGCGGCUGUGACGUGGUGAAGAGCUGGACCAAAAAGUAAAUCUAACAGCCACUCAUUUGGAGAUUUAGCUCGGCUGCUAGCUUUUAUUAUUUCAUAAAUUAGCCAUGAAGUUCACAGGAAAUUUGGCAGUGUUAAAUUAACACUGAGAGUGUAAAGCUUAACACUAAUAAGUGUUGAUUUAACACAGCCAAAUUUCCUGUGUUCAUGAAUACCAACACCAGAGAUGAUUUUGUUUAUUUUUGUUUAUUUGUUUUUUUUUUUAUUGUUUGUUUUUGUUUUAAUGGGAUUUUUUAUCAUUUAGACCAAUGGCUCUGUCAUUAAAAUGUACUGACCCCACAGGUUUAAUACACUGACCCUUACUGUAUAUAUAAAUAAAUGUGUGUGUGAGUGUGUGUGUGUGUGUGUGUUUGUUUGUGUGUGUUGGUGUUGGACUUUUUUUAGAUUGUUUGAUCUUCAGGAAAAAGAAGGCCUUGUUUUUACUCUGGACCACAGUUUUUAGUACAUCUACUGUACUUUUAGGACUGUUAAUAUCUGAAUGUAAAAUGCAUAUAUUUUGUAUGUAUUUGUGUGUAUGUUUGAGAGACGCUGAUCUUAUGAAUCACAUAGACAGAAAAAGAAGUUUUUUGGGGGGGCAGCACUUUGAGUUACAGUAAAAGUUUUUCUCUCUUUUUGUUCUGUACAUUUUUCACUUUACCAAAUCUAGACUCAAGCACUUGUUCAGUUGAUGAAUUCUGUACAUAAGAAAUGAUGCAGUUGAAUAAAUGGUUGGUUGUGUGUCAA